AUGGGUUUAGGUCACUUCAUGAAACAAUGUACCCAGGUCAAGAGUACUUGUCGAACAUGUUGUGAAUGUACUGAUGAUUUAAAACUACAUAUUUGCUCUAAAAUCGAAAAAACUAUUCACUGUGGACAAAAUCAUAAGUCCAACUCUCUUAAAUGCCAAGUAGUAAAAUCGUUUAGAUCUGAAUUAACACGUAAAUUAUUAUCUCCUAAUAAUCGUUCAAUUUCUUCCACCACCAACACCUUAAACAACAUGAGUAACUCAAACUUCAAAUAUUCAAGUUCUGAUUUUCCACCAAUGCCUAUGCCUAAAUUUGUACCAACUAAUCCUAAUAAUACUAUGUUAACUAAAUUACAUGAUUUACUGGGAAAAAUCACAGAAGUAAAUAAUCAUCUUUCAAAUCUUGAACUAAAGUAUAACAACUUUGAGCAAUUCAUGAUUGAAAAAAAAGAAAGUGAUUUACUAAUUAAAGAAAAUAUAAAUUUAUUGUCCAAACAAUCUGUUGAAUUUAAAAAAGAUCUGGUUCAUCAUAGUCUUUUAAUUGAACGACAUGAAAAUUUAUUCAUGAAAUUAAUUGUUCCAAUGUUCGAAGAUUUAUUUGGUCUGAUUGCAUCACAAAAUCAGGACAAAAAAGGAAAUAUACUUGAUCCUGAUCUUAAACUUAAACUUGAACGUUAUCUUAUCCAAAUGAAGAAAGCAAAAGAAGGUAAAUAUUGUACCAACUGA